GUAUGUACGUUUGUGGUUUGUGCUUACUACUACCAGUUACUGCAAGCAAUGUUUGUGAUCAAACAUCACUGGCAUUGAAAUUAUUUUACGAUUACAAGUACAUACGUACUGAUACCUGUACUCGGCUACUGCCGUAUUGGCAUAUUAUUCUGUAGCUUUCAGUCGUUUCUUGAUUUUCUGAACAUCCGCGGAUCAUAUAUUACCACCUUUAACAUGUCCACGAACGCAAUUUUCUCCAUGGUUUGUGAUGGGCCCGAUUCUGAAUGGAAACUGGGGGACUACAUGAAGCAGAUGAUGCUGGCUGGGGAGCUGAACGAUAUACACUUCAAAGUGGGACGCCAGUUUGGCACCGCUCAAAACUUCUCCGCGCACAAGCUCGUCAUGGCGGCUCGCAGUUCCGUAUUCCGCACCAUGUUCUACGGAAGCCUGCCUGAGAAAUGCCAAACUCUUCUCGACAUUCCCGAUAUCCAUCCGGAAGCGUUCGCCAAUCUCCUCAGCUUCAUGUACACGGAUACAGUGGAUAAUCUGGAUGUGGGCAAUGUCUUUGCGACGCUGAGUGCGGCUGACAAGUACGAUCUUCCCCGGCUGAUCAGUGUCUGCUCCACCUUCAUUGCCAACCAGCUCAGUGUGGACAACUGCCUGACCAUGCUGGAACAGGCCCUCGAAUGGAAGACUGACAAUGUCGUGCAGAAAUGCCUGGAAUUUGUGGAUACGAAGAGUAGUGCAGUACUGCUGUCGGAUCAUUUCACGGCCAUCAGCCCGGUGACUCUGCGGAUGAUUCUGCAGCGCAGCACGCUCACGGCGGAGGAAAAUGCGGUGUAUUUGGCGGUGGAACGAUGGGCAGUGGUGGCUUGUGCUCGUAACGGCCUGGAAUCGUCCGCAGUCAAUCGACGUCAGAUGCUGGGGGAUGCGCUAUUCCUGGUGCGGUUUCCAUUGCUGACCUCGAAGCAACUGGCUGACGGUCCUGGCCAGAGUGGUCUCCUGAACGAGGCUGAAAUCGGCAGCAUCUUCAUGCACCAAAACGCCAGCCUGAAGCCGACCGCACUGGCCUUUCCCACGGAGCGCCGCACUGGGUCGUCGAGCGCUCCGGCGCCUGGCCACGUUUCCGGUUUCCAGCCUGAUGAGCUGGUAUUUGCGCAAACCGGAAGAGGACACUGGUGGUUUCCAGCUAAGGUUUUCGCAUCCGAUGGAAUGCAUGUGGCGCUGAAGUGGUGUCGCACCGGCGCACAGGAUUAUACCAUAAAGUCCAACGAGGUGGUGCGUGCAGCGGACAUCCUGCAACCUGGCCAGCCUCUGUACGUGCUCCGUUUGGACGACCAUCAGCCGGCUAGCUAUUUGAAAGCCACGGCGGGUGGUAGGCAUGAAGUCACCGUGGUUCAUAGUACGCUUUUCGUUGGGUUCAGCCACUUGAGCCUGCGGCACGAUCAGGUAGCGCAGUGGAAAGGCGACAAUGGGCAUUGAGGGGACGACCACAGGGCUGCGUGGACUUUAUUGGCCUGUAGAGGUGGCCUUUUUUAGUUUAUACUUUUGAUCUUUGUACCUCACUUUUGCAUUCCGCAAGGAAUCGCUACAGUUUGCCAUUUUUUGUGAUUAAUUUUGCCGACAUUUUGUUCCUUUGGGAUGGAAUUUUUGUCUGUGUUUGCGUUAGCUCCGGUGGAAGCGUGUAAUGGUAUUGUUAGUUACCGACUCACCGGAUAUCUUCUAUAAGGCGUUUCACAAACAAAUGCGGCGAAUAAGUGCGCCUCGUUUUUAACGAAACUGUAUCGGAAGCUAUUUGGCAUGAAGAAUUUGGG